AUGCCCAACCACCCUCUAUAUACACCUCACAUCCUCAUUUUCCGCACUGCCUUUGGGAUUCUGACACUACCCUCCUGUGUGACACUGAUCCACCUGCUUGGCUAUGGGCACCAGAUGAAGCUGUCGGUGGAAGUGAUCUCUCAGGCUCGUCACCAUCUCAAUCCUGCAAAGGACAGGGAACUCUCACUCAGGGGAUAUAAAAUAGAAGUUAUAGAAUCGAUGGGGGCAACGCAAGAUUUCUACACCUGCAUUGACCUCUCCAACAAUGAUAUUAUAAAACUCGGAAAUUUCCCACUGCUUCCCCGACUGGAGACCUUGAUUGUGGCGGAUAAUCGCAUAGCUAGAAUAGCGGCAGAUUUCGCAGAGUCACUGCCAAACCUCGUGUCUCUUGUGCUUACAAAUAACAGGAUUGAGGCGCUCAAAGAUCUAGCUCCGCUUUUCAAAGCGCUAAAACUGGAAAGGUUGACAUUGCUGGAGAAUCCAGUCAAUAGUGAUCCAUAUUUCAGAGAGUUCGUUAUAUUCAACUGUCCCAACUUGCGCUACCUUGACUUUGCCAAGGUCAAGACUGCUGAAAGAAACGCGGCCAACAAAUUUUUCACCAGCAAUAAUGGAGAAACUGUCUUGUCCAAAAUUUAUUCCUCCUGA